AAGGAUGUAUGUAAACCGAGUGUCUGUCAUAGGACUGCAGAACGUAAUGCUGUGAGGGUGCUGGGUCGGGGAGGAGUUUUAAUCCAUCAGGAAAGACAUUUAGAGGUGGGGGAGACAACAGGAUUGAAAAGGUAGGGAAAAAGAAGGCAGGAGAACUUUCCAGGCAGUGGAGGCGACAAACAAGGUGGAGGCACCCUGAGGCCCUGCGGCAGCAAUGGGAAAGUAUUCUGCCUGCGCCAUGCUCAUCCUGGCCUUCCUGCAGACAGGCAGAAGCAACAACAGGAUCGCCAUCUUUCAAAAGCGAGGGCACAGCAUGCUGACUGUUUCCUGCGACCUUCUUGGGGAUGAAACUGUGUCCCAGAUCAACUGGGAGAGGAGGAGCGGCACCAACCUCACCACAUUAGGCAUCUUCAACCCAAAGCAUGGCACUUACAUUUCCCAGGAGCUCAAGGACAAGGUGAACAUAGACACCAAAGCCAACUCCCGCAGCACCUCUAUCAUCCUGAAGGAGGCAGACUUCAGCAAUGACACCUGGUUUUGCUGCACUUUCAUUGCCUUUCCUUCGGGGACAAUGAAGGGCUGUGCAGAAAUCACCAGUCUCACUACUGCAGCAGAAAAACACAGCUCUCCUGUACAGGCAGAAACUCUGCUACUGGUGGUCUUCAUAAUCCCGAUCGUCAUCCUUACAGCUAUGCUUUACCUCACCUGGCAACAUUUCCUCAACAGACGGCAAGUGUAUGAAGUAGAGAGGAUGAGCAUAACAGAGACACAGAUGGACACAGAGGAGCCUACAGGAGGGACGUCGCAGUCACUCUCCCAAGCAGAGCAAGCCCAGGCUGUGGAUCUCUCAAAAUUAUAUGCCCAGAUACAGAUCGACCGAUACUAUGAAAGGUUGUGGAAGGCAUACCAGGCUGCAAGGCAUGGUUGGUCGCCCCUGGCCCAGACUGCACCCCGCCAGAUCUACUACCUCCUAGGGGAGCACAGAGUGCCACAAAAAGAUGACGAAGAGCUCCUGCAAACCUGAAGUCACUCCCUUAGUUAACCGGGUUCAAGGGGGUCUGUUGGCAUGGGCUAUGGCAGACUUUGUGGACAGGUUUAAUAUAUAAGAAUUUUCUCUUCCAUUCACAUAAAAUGUAUAUGUUUUUAGAACUGCUGAGUCUAUAAAGAUAUGUAUAGAGAUACCUGGAUAAUAUUGCCUUUUUUGGUAUUCCAGAAAAAAAGA